AAGUCCACGGUGGCAGCAGUUGGUGUGGCUACACAGAAGCCCCCACCGCCUGUGCAAAGACCCCCUCCCCUUCAAGCACAGCCCCCUCCCCCUGUCCAGAGACCCCCUCCCCCUCAGGCACAGCCUCUACAACCUGAGAAAGUAGGCAAGAAAGACAAGAAGGGCCCUGCCAUGAUCGGGACGCCGUACAACGUGACCCACGUGACUCACACCAGGAAUGUGGAGGAGGCGGAGGAGCUGAUCCGACGCCUGAUGAGCGGUCCUCCUCUCCAGCCGACGCCCGCCGGUCCAGCCGCAGGUCCGGUCGCCGGUCAGCCCACUGGUAAUGCUGCUGUCCCCAGACGACCUUCACCACCUCAGGGGGUCAGUCCCGCAGCGUCCACCAGUCCCCAACACCGACCACAGGCCGGCCCACCCCCCAGACCUGCCUCUGGGCCGGCAGCAGGGACGGGGCCACCUCCACGGCCUGCCACCGGGCCUGUGUCUUCACCCGGGGCGCCCCCCUCCCCACAGAACCGCCCGCAGCCCUCCCCACGCCGCUCCAAGGUCGACGUUGAGAUGGAACCCCCGGGAGCCGAGCAGCCCCGGCUAGCCCGCCCCGUCCCGCCAAGAGAGCCAGCACACGCAGACCCCAGAGUGCCCGGCUGGACCCAGCAGCUCCACCGCCACCCAUCCCCCCUCGCAGGAACGUCCAGUCCGCCAUCUUUGAUUCCGGCAGCGACCUUACCUCCCAGGAUUCCGUGGAGAGUCGUGAAGGUUCCGUCGUGUCGGAAACAAGUUCGGACAAAGUCAGCGAGGCGGGGUCGUUACCCAUGGAAACUGGGUCGUUACCCACAGUGAUGGGAUCAUUUCCCACUGAGGAUACUCCCUCAGAGGUCACGCUAACAGGUCAAGCAGAGGACGAGAUGGCCAGCCCUGUUCCCCCUGUCCCUCCACCAGGUGGGCCACCAGAAGAACCACCGAGUGGGCCGCCACCUGAACCACCCAGUGGGCCACCUGCAGG